UCUAAUUAAAUCAACAAAGAAAUGAUGUCGAUUACAAGAUUGCAGGGGUGCAGUUUAUGCAUGUAUUAGUUAUGAAGAAAUCCUCUCAGUGUAUUCAAACAGAUAAUUUGUAAAACUCGCAUUUAAAAUGCCUGUUACACCUGAAGACAGACGUGCAAAAUUAGGAUGUGUUAUUCUCAGGCUAUUUCCUAAAGUAAUGCAAAUCAUCUUAAAAGAAUACAUAAGUCUAAGGGGUUUACGAGGGAAAUUUCAACUAAAAGAUGUUCGAACAGCUUUUACAAAGAAAGAAAUUUCGUUAAUGGAGCAGCUUCCAUGUAUAGAUGAUUUCACAGUUGAACUGUGUUAUAAAAUAUUACGAUACGAAAAUGUAAUGCCUGAACCAUCUUGCAAAUGGGGAAAUAUACCACAUGAUACCGAAGUCGAAGUUGCUGAUGAUAUCCAGCGCAUUAUUAAUACUAUAAAUGAUGUAAUCAGUAAAAAGUGUGAAGAUAUAUCUGAAGAGUUUUACGAUGAAUAUCUUAAGAAAAUAAAAGAUAUAACGAAGCGCAUUGAUGGACAUUUGCAUCACGACACUUGCAUCAAGCUGUACACAACAAUUUGCAGCUCAGAUAUGAAUCAUCUUUGCAUUCUUCAAGAUCUGACCCUAAUGCAAGCAAUUAAUGUGAGUCAAAUUGUUGAUGAAGAUGGCGAGACCAAAGAAUGCUUUUCAAGAAUGUCCUUUGUUAUUACGGACACGUUUCCAAAUAUCCUUAGAGAUGUAAUUAGAUCAAGUAUUCAUGCAAACAGAUUGUACAAAUUAUGCAUUCCACAUCUUCGCAAUUUCUCUCCAGACCAGCAAAAUUGCUUACAAGACUUAGAUUUGUCAAAUUCGUAUGGCUCUUUAGACGUUUCAUUAAUUUAUAGACUGUUAAAACAGUUUCAGUUGAUAUCACCGCCUACUAAAGGAUGGGGUAUAUUCCCUUGCAAAGUUGAUAACAGAUUAGGUGAUGAUGUAGAACGCAUUCGUUAUUACAGAAACCAAAUGGCACACAAAACUAAUAUCCGCAUUGAGAGAACUGAAUUUGAGAAUUACUUUGACAGUUUUCGUGAUAUUGGUCACAAAAUGGAUAUAAACUUUUUCCAGAAAACAAAUUAUGAGGAGACAAUCAUUUUGCAUAAAACCUGUAGGAUAGAUAUACAUAUGCAGAAUAAGUAUAUAAAUACCUUGAAGGAGCUGGAAAACAUAAAAUUGAUAUUUGAAAGAACGCCAAUCAAGUUUUACUGGGGAAAUAGCUUUAACAGAAGUUUAGUUCAACUGAGAUCUAUAAUACAAGAUGAGAAAUCAAAAGGGAGAGAAAAAGUCCGGGUACAGAUAAUAUUCCAGACUGAAUCUGACAUAGAGAGAACUAUUGAUAUUCUAAAUUCACUUAGAGAUGACAUAAAUAAAGGCUUAAGUGGAAUAGAAUUCAUUGUGGCCAAAAAAGGGAGCAUUGUCAUAAAGGAUUUUGGAACACAUUACAACCUCUUGGACUAA